AUGUACGAGACAAUUUGUUCGGCUUAUGGAAAAGCCGCACUUUGGAACAUCGGGGGGGGGGGGAAAGACAAAAAAUUAGGCGAAGUGGAUUUGGCAAUACUUGAUAUUUUGAAUGAAGAUAAUGCGGUAGUGGAUGGAAUAAAUCUUCCAGAAACUCAACCAAUGCCAAAUGCGAGUACCUCUCGCAACACAGUUUCUAACGAAACUGGAACUGAAAUUUUGAAAGCUGAAAUUGACUACCACGAGGAAAAGAGAAAAAAGACAGCAGAAAAUUGUGUGCAAAACAAGAAAAACGAAAAAGAGUCUUUAUUAGGAGGUGUUAAAACUAGAAAAAGACCACCCACAUACAGAAGGAAACCCCGCAAUGUUGAAAAAUUGUUGUGCUAUUCGGGCCAACUGGAAGUUUAUGGUGAACAUGCUCUAGCUGAGCGAACGAGCAAAAAGUGGUUUGCACAAUUUAAAAGUGGUGAUUUUGGCUUGGAAGACGAUGAACGUGCUGGACAGCCAAAAAAAAUUGAAGAUGAAGAACUGGAAGCUUUACUAGAUGAAGAUUGUUACCAAAUACAAAAAGAACUCGAGGAAUCUUUGGGUGUCACUCAAGCCGUUUCAACACCUUUAAAAGCAGCUGGAUAUAUUCAAAAGCGUGGUAAUUGGGUUCCACACGAACUCAAGCCGAGCGACGUCAAAAUGCGGCUUUGA